UAGGCCUUGGACUGAUCUUCUCUGUAGAAGAUCCACUAUAAUUUAGAGAUAGAACCUAUUAUUCAUGGGCCCAAUCCAGUCAUCUGAGAAGAAGUAGAAUUGUUAAGAGAAGACAUGUUGGGAUCUUUGGAAGAGAAACUCAGUAGAUAUUUCUAAAUGUUUGUUACGGAUAAACCACCGUAGAAUAGUGAAGAAGUGCUCCAUGACAUAAUGGACACUUUCAUAGUGGUGUUCAUGAUUUUAUUACAGGUCUUGUUCUCCUGAGCUCUCAUCUCUGAAACAGGUCUUGUAGAAGAGUAAAUGGGACACAGUAACAAUGUAACAGAAUUUGUCCUCCUGGGACUCACUCAGGAUCCUGAGGGCCAAAAAGUGUUAUUUAUCAUCUUUUUGCUCAUCUACAUUGUCACAAUGGUGGGCAACCUGAUCAUUGUCCUGACCAUUAUUGUCAGCCCCUUCCGGUACUCCCCCAUGUACUUCUUUCUUGCCUAUCUGUCACUCAUGGAUGCUAUUUAUUCCACUGCCAUUUCCCCCAAAAGGAUUCUAGACUUACUCUGUGGUAAAAUGACUAUUUCUUUCCCAGCUUGCAUGGGCCAGCUCUUUAUAGAGCACUUAUUUGGUGGUGCUGAGGUCUUUCUUCUGGUGGCAAUGGCCUAUGACCGCUAUGUGGCCAUCUGUAAGCCACUGCAUUACUUGACCAUCAUGAAUCGACAGGUUUGCAUUCUGUUGCUGGUGGUGGCCUGGGCUGGAGGUUUUUUGCACUCUGUGGUUCAACUUCUCUUUGUGUACAGCCUCCCAUUCUGUGGCCCCAAUGUCAUGGAUCACUUCAUGUGUGACAUGUACCCAUUAUUGGAACUUGCUUGUACUGACAGCUAUUUUAUAGGUCUCACUGUGGUUGCCAAUGGUGGAGCCAUCUGUAUGGUAAUUUUUAUCCUUCUGCUAAUCUCCUAUGGGGUCAUUCUAAGCUCCCUGAAGACUCUUAAUCAGGAAAGGAGGCACAAAGUCCUGUCUACCUGCAACUCCCACAUCACAGUGGUUGUCCUCUUUUUUGUGCUGUGUAUUUUCUUGUAUGUUAGACCUGUUUCCAACUUUGCCAUUGAUAAAUCUAUGACUGUGGUUUUUACAGUUAUCACUCCCAUGUUGAAUCCUCUGGUUUACACCUUGAGAAAUUCUGAGAUGAAAAAUGCUAUGGAAAAAAUCUGGGGUAGAAAGUUAACCAAAAGUAGAAUAAGAAUGUGUGUCCACACUGAAAAUAUCAUUGCUAAAUCUUUAAAGUAACAAAUAGGCAGUUAAUUAUCACAAUGAAUGAUUAAGUCAAUU